UCACUUGUACUUGCUUUACUUGAAACCAGAGGCGAGGUUUAGGGUUUGGGGAGCAAGUCCAGGAAGCUGCGUCAAAUGAUAAGACAGAAAACAUAUGAAGCAUAAAAUAAGACAACGAUUAGACUUAUUUGUGUAUUAGAAUUGAGUUAAGAAUUGGAAAUACAGUUUCGAUUUGGUGUGGGAAUAUCUGCCUGUUGGUCCCCACUAGGAAUAUACUGUAUGGUGUGUGGCCAUACACACGUUAAGUCCUGGAUAUGGCAGGUCUCUGUGGUGUCAAGAUCCUGCUGCUCUGGGCUGGGAUCCUUGCUUUGGGUAAAUGUCAAACAUCACAAGAGGAGUCAACCGUCUCACCUCCACGCACCACAACAAAUUCCACUUUACCCUCAGUAACCAGCCUAUCUGUCACCUCCUCACCUCCACGCACCGUGGUAGUAACUACUGCCGUCAGUUCAGACACCCCAACAGCUUCCCACAAUCCUCCACGCACCACGCAAGCCUCUUCAAAUCAGACACACGGUUCAACUACACUGUCUGACCCUCAAACCCAGACCUCACCUGCAGUCACCCAGCUCACCACCUUAAUGACUACUUCCACUCAAGACUCCCUCAGUACUCUACAGUGUUCCUACACUGUAGAUCCCAUCAAGUUUGGCUUCCAGUUUAACAUUAAAAGCUCUACCAUUGGUGAUUACAACAUAACUAUUACUGGAGGCCAACAAGAGACUGUUAAUCACUCCAGUCAAAACUCAUCUCAUGAAAUCAAACAACUGAAGCCCUGUACUGAAUAUGAGCAUUCUGUGAAAUUUCUUGGAACAGGAGAAGAAAAACACUGUAACCGCAUUGCAAAUAAAACUAUCACAACUGAAAUGAGUAAAGAUGACAUUGAAAAGUUAUUGGAAAAAUACUCCGUUUGUUUCCGAAGCAGCUGGAACAUCAGCUCUAUACAAUCAACACAUAAUGAGAUUAAAGUCGAGCAAAUUAAGAAUAAAACAAUCUGUUUCAAACCUGGUUACAAUGACAUUUGCUCAGAUUUUACUGCAACGGUCACACCGGAAAACUGUAAGAACUCUUCCUUUAGCUUCACCCAAAACAUCUCUCUGGGUUUCUUGAGUUCAAGUGACAUAAAUCAGACUGCUCCCACUAAACUCCCCGCAAACAUAGAAACAAAAUUACCUCCAAACUGUAAAAACCUCAGUACUGAUUACACCUGUUGGGAAAGCGGCGGAGUCAAUGUGUCUAAGAAACUGUCUGAGCUGGAGCCUUUCACAAAGUACAGCUGUACCGGUCAGAUCAAGCACAACAAUGUCUUCAAAUUCUACACAACUGCUGUUCACUUUGUGAUUGACUGCGAUCUUAAAUUAAACUUCAAACAGAACAGGACAACCAAUACGUCCAUUGAGUUCAGCUGGACCACAACCAGUCGGAAUUGUGAAAGUUUUCUUAAUGAAACUUCGAAGAUUUCAUAUAGUUGUAGCUGUAAUCAGACCUCCACUAAAAACAGGAUCAACAACACAAAACAAGUUGGGAGUGUUAAACCUGAAAACCAGCGACCCGGAGGAAAAUGUUAUAUUACUGGACUGCAACCAUACACCAACUACACCUGUGCAGUCCAACCCACCUACAACAAGGGGAAAGUUGCCCAAAACACCACAUUAACACUGCAAACUAAAACUGGAGUACCAGUCAGUAUUAAUUCACCGACGGUGAAGGUUACAGACCAUAAUGUGAUUACAGUAGAAUGUAAUCAUUCAGGUGUAUUUAAUGGACCUACGAAAAAAUACAUAGCACGACUUAGCUAUGGUGGUAACAUUGUGCAAAAAACUCAUGGCAACAAGUGUAAGUUUCAAUUCAAAGACCUCAGCUACUUGACGAUCUACACAGUGCAGGUGACUGCUUGCAACGGACAGAAUGAGAGCGAGCCCUGGAAAUCCACAGUUAGAACCUCCUAUAAUGACAAAGCUGUCAUUGGGUUUCUCAUCUUUCUCAUUAUCCUCACGUCUGUGGCUCUGCUUGUGGUCAUCUACAAGAUCUACAUUUUGAAGCGCAAAAAGUCCCAUGACCUGAGCGAAAACAUGAUGCUUAUUUCAACGGCAAAUGAUGAGGAGAACCUUCUGCCAGUCGAGCCUAUCGCAGCAGAGGUCCUGCUGGAAGCCUACAAGAGGAAGCUCGCUGAUGAGGGGAGACUCUUCCUGGCUGAGUUCCAGAGCAUCCCCAGAAUUUUCUCGAGGCACACGGUGAAAGAUGCCAAAAAGCCCUGCAAUGUCCCCAAGAACCGCUAUGUGGACAUCCUGCCAUAUGAUUAUAACCGUGUCCAGCUGACCACAGGAAAUGGCGAGGCGGGAUGUGACUACAUCAAUGCCAGCUUCAUUGACGGGUACAAGGAAGCCAAAAAGUAUAUCGCAGCUCAGGGGCCCAAGGAUGAGACUGUGAGUGACUUCUGGAGGAUGGUCUGGGAGCAGCAGUCAUCUAUUAUUGUCAUGGUAACACGCUGUGAAGAGGGGAACAGGGUCAAGUGUGCACAGUACUGGCCGUCUCCGGAGCGAGAGACGGAGAUCUUUGAGGAGUUUAUAGUGAAGCUGAACUCAGAGGACUGCUGUCCAGAUUACACCAUCCGCCAUCUCAGCCUAACUAAUAAGAGGGAGAAGAACUCAGAGAGGGAGGUGACCCACAUCCAGUUCAUGAGCUGGCCAGACCAUGGCGUCCCAGGGGAGCCACACCUCCUCUUGAAACUGAGGCGGCGUGUCAAUGCUUUCAAGAAUUUCUUCAGUGGCCCCAUCGUCGUCCACUGCAGUGCUGGAGUGGGUAGGACAGGCACCUACAUUGGCAUUGAUGCCAUGAUGGAGGGUCUGGAGGCAGAGGGCAGAGUGGACAUCUACGGUUACAUAGUCAGACUCCGCAGACAGAGGUGUCUCAUGGUUCAAGUGGAGGCCCAGUACAUCCUGAUUCACCAGGCUCUGCUGGAGCACAACCAGUUUGGAGAGACUGAGAUCACUCUGUCUGAGCUCCACAGCACACUGAGUACACUCAAACAGCAGAACUCAGCCACAGAACCUACCCUAAUGGAGGACGAGUUUGCGCGACUCCCUACUUAUAAAAACUGGAGGGCAUUCAACACAGGGCUCAAAGAAGAAAACGAGAUGAAGAAUCGCUCUCCAUCUAUCAUCCCAUAUGACUACAACCGAGUGCUGCUGAAGCUAGACGAAGGACGCAGUCAUGACAGCUACCCUGAUGAAGAUGAUGAAGAAGAGUCAUCAGAUGAAGAGGAUGAAGAAUCCACUAAAUACAUCAAUGCCUCCUACAUUUCCGGCUACUGGAGCCCACGUGCCUUCAUCGCAGCACAGACUCCACUGCCAGACACCAUGGCUGACUUCUGGUUGAUGGUUUACCAGAAGAAAGCAUCCGCUAUCGUCAUGCUCUCAGACUGCAGCGAGGAGGAUAAGGAGUGUGACUCUGUGUACUGGGAUAAAGACAUAAAGACAUUUGGGGACUUUGAGGUGGAGGUUACAAGCACAAACACCACACCAGCUUUCAUCACCCGGAACGUGCUGAUCCAUCAUGUCAAGAGGAAAGAGAGUCGGUCGGUGAAACAGUACCAGUUCCUGAAGUGGCUGAACAGGGAGCUGCCAGAGAACCCUCAAGAUCUCACAGACUUGAUCAAGGAAAUCAAGAACAGCUCUGUUAGCAGCAAAUCACACAUCACUGUGGUCCACUGCAAUGAUGGCUCGUCCCGUACGGGGAUUUUCUGUGCCCUGUGCAACCUGCUGGACAGCGCUAAGACUGAGAAGCUGUUGGAUGUUUUCCAGGUGGUCAAAACCUUACGCAAGGACAGACAGGAAAUGCUCUCCAGCGUGGAGCAGUACCAGUUCUUGUACGACGCUCUGGAGGGGGUCUUCCCUGUCCAGAAUGGGGAACUGAAAGCAGUACAGGCCCCUGCAGCUGAGUCCGUCCAGAUUGUCAACGAAACCAAACAGGCGGAGCAGCCAGCCAGCACGACCAGAAACGACCAGCAAGGGGUGGCAGAGAGCACGCCGCUGGUGGCUGAUGGAAGGAAGGAAGACAAAAAACAGGAGCCUGGAAAAGAUUCCAGUACACCCACAGAGACAUCGCCACUGGAGGACACCAGCAACGGCCGCACUGUCACUGCGGAGAUCUGAGAGGAGUGGCAGGUGCAUGGCUGUGCUUUUUACUUUUGAGAAUAAGCGCUUCAGCUGAAUGCUUUCUUUUAAUUUUUUUAUCAAUGUAUAAACAAUGUAAAGCUUUUAUACAAUGUGGCUCUGGUUGAGACUUGCUAAAGAAUUUGAUCAAAUGUUUUAAUGUCAAUUUCCAAAAUAUAUGAUUUUAACUAAGUUAUAAAUAUUUUAGUAUUAUGCAAAUAAAAAUUUCUGUGGGCAAAGUUUACUAGAGAUGCUGCCAUCAAACUAGGGCCCUUGGAUUUUCUCUAUAUUAAGAGAUAUCUAAGAACUAAAUUUUAAAUAUACAGUAUAGUAGGUAAGCUGUUGUUUUAUAUCCCAAUAUAUGUGCAUGUUGAGUUUGAGUUAGUUUAAGUACUAUUUUUUCUUGCUAAACGCACAGAUGCUAUAGUCUUCAUUUAUAUAUACAGUACAUUUGGUCUAUCUGAAUAAUUUUGUCAAGUUCACAAUUAAAAGAGACUUAGAAUAAGAGUCUUAUUUAUGCAGAGUACUUACUUAUUAACCACUGUCAUUUUUAAGUUGUUGUUUUUCAUCAUACAUUAACUUUAUUAGGCUGGAUUUACUUUAUUUAAGUUCAUUGCAUCUUUUGAAUGCUCCAAAAAGACGGUUUGAGUUUUUAAUUGUUGCUUAUUUACCUAUGGACAUUUAUUGUCGUAGAGGAAUAUUAGAUCUGAGAGAUCUGAAAACAAUGUUGUCCGGGGCUGUAACGCUACCGUAUGUGUUCUUUAUAUUACUUUUAUGAAUAAACCUGGUCUUAAUCAUCAGCCAAAUCCUACUCUCAAUAGACAGCAGCGCUCAUCAGAAGACAUGUCAGGUCUUCUGAAUUUCAAAAAGGCUGUUUCUAAAAAAAAAAAGAGGGUUUAGCAAACUCACACUGUUUAAAUGAAAGUUAAAGUAAAAAUGUCGCUAAAAAAUGUACACAAAAACAAAUUGCAAAACUACUGAAAUUUCACAACAUAUACCAAUUUACUCUGAUAAAUAGAACAUUUCUAAAUCAGCAGUUUGUUUACAUAGUCACUGUCAAAGGCAAGCAGUUACAAAAUUUAAGACACACAAGAUAUAAAAUGGACAGUUUUCUUCACUUCAGGACAGUCAUAAGCAAACAGCCUGUUGCAGUUCUCUGAUCAGAGCUGCAUCUUCAAUUGACUCAGUGAAUUCCCUCUUAAGAGUUUCUUGUAAAUCUCUAAAUAUCCAUCAAAAUGUAUAAAAACUAUAUUCUAUGUAUAAAAAACAUCAAAUACAAUGAACUGAGAGAAAACAGUGAACUCUGUACUUCGUCCAAACCUUCUGAGUUUUCUAUGUUAUAGAGGCUCAGAGAAGUUCUGUAAACGUUACCUGAAAUAUUGAAGUGCUAAAGACAUGUCAGCUAAUGUAAUGACAUACACACACUGUUUUAGUGGUCAGAAAACAGUCACAGAGGGUUUAGUAGCUUCCUACAGCUGGCUGGCUGCCCUGUGGAGUUAUAGCACAGAUGUCCACAGUGAACUGUAAAUAAAUACACGUGUUAUGAUACAUGGCUGCAGUCAAUGCACUGCAUGAGGACACUUAUCCUCAGCCUAACUCUUGGCCUCUCAUGUACGUACACUGGACUCAACGAUACUUAUAGAUGUGUCAAAAUACGAUUUUCAUACCAAUAUAUUUGCUAUAUUUACUACUUUACUUCUCAUGGUAAAAAAACAAAACAAAAAAGAAACAUUGCAAUUUAGUGAAUUUUUGCUGAAAAAUAAAUGAUAAUCAUUUAUACAGUAAUCAAAAUCUUUAUGAGGGCAAAAUUUCAAGCACAGAGAGGCUAUUACCCAAAAUCACACAAGGGUUUAUGAAACAACUGUGGUACAUUUAAAAGCUGCACUAUAGCUGAACUAUAGGAACCCUUGAAACAAGUGCUUCAAAGCACGGCUGCAUCAAAGUUAAUAACUGUCGGUGAAUUUUUGUUGUAGUGGGGAUUUUAAUUAUCAAAGACGCCACAGCACAUGGCUACAUAAGACAAAUAGUGAAUGUUUUCAAAUACACUGUAGCGUGGUGUGAGCUCGGGUGCAGUUUAUGUUGACUAUUAAGUCCUGCUUUAAGACUUCCCUGAUGCAUAUCCAAUACAAGCCUUCUUAUUAUGGAUUUGACGACACUAUGUACCUUUGAUUUGUGCAAAAUCUUUAGCCCACCCUGUCCAUAUGAGGUUAUGGUCAAUUAAUGAGCCUCAACUAUUGUUAAAUUUAGCAGAGCACACUUGACUGAGCAAACAUUUACUGACUUCUAGGAAGCAGUAAAGUUACUUCCACUUCUAUCCUAAUAAGUACUUUGUCAUUCUUCACAUUUUCAGCGUG